GGGCUCUGCCCCUCAAAAAGAUGGCGGCCACAGCGUCAGCCCGCGGCCCGCCCGCACAAAGAUGGCGUCAAAGGCGGGGAGGAACCGGAAGCAAAGCUGGCAAUCGCGCCGGUCGGCGGGGAGCCAGAGAACGCACAGGUCGGCGCGGGUCCCGGCAUGAAGCUGGGCCGGGCCACGCUGGGCCUGCUGCUGCUGGCGCCGUUGGCGGUGCGGGCGGUGGAGCCCAUCAGCCUGGGCCUGGCGCUGGCAGGCGUCCUCACCGGUUACAUCUCCUACCCGCGUCUCUACUGCCUUUUCGCCGAGUGCUGCAGCCAGAAGCGGAGCCUCAGCCGGGAGGCGCUGCAGAAAGAUCUGGACAGCAAGCUCUUUGGACAGCACCUUGCAAAGAAAGUCAUCUUAAAUGCUGUGGCAGGCUUCAUAAGCAAUCCUAAGCCCAAGAAACCUCUCACCUUGUCCCUACACGGGUGGACGGGUACCGGCAAAAAUUUUGUCAGCAAGAUCAUUGCAGAGAAUAUUUACGAAGGUGGUUUGAACAGUGACUAUGUCCACCUUUUUGUGGCGACACUGCACUUUCCACAUGCCUCCAACAUCACACUGUACAAGGACCAGUUGCAGUUGUGGAUUCGUGGCAACGUCAGUGCCUGUGCCAGGUCCAUCUUCAUAUUUGAUGAGAUGGAUAAGAUGCAUGCAGGCCUCAUAGAUGCCAUCAAGCCUUUCCUAGACUACUAUGAGCUGGUGGACCGGGUCUCCUAUCAGAAAGCCAUCUUCAUAUUUCUCAGCAAUGCGGGAGCAGAAAGGAUCACAGAUGUGGCCUUAGAUUUCUGGAGAAGUGGAAAACAGAGAGAAGAUAUCAAACUCAAGGACAUGGAGCAUGCCCUGUCUGUGUCAGUCUUCAAUAACAAGAACAGUGGCUUCUGGCACAGCAGCUUGAUUGACCGAAACCUCAUCGAUUAUUUUGUCCCCUUCCUCCCCCUGGAAUACAAACACCUGAAAAUGUGCAUCCGAGUUGAGAUGCGAUCCCGAGGAUAUGAAGUUGAUGAGGACAUUGUCACCAGAGUGGCUGAUGAGAUGACAUUUUUCCCCAAAGAGGAGCGAGUUUUCUCUGACAAAGGGUGCAAAACGGUAUUCACCAAGUUAGAUUACUAUUAUGACGACUGACAGCCUGAAGCCAUUCAUGGAGAAGAACUGGACAGGUGGGCCUCCCCAACACGCCUCCCAGAUCGAGCUCCCAGCACAGGAGUGAAAUGAAUUUUCUUGGCAGCAUUUUCAUUCUGCAGCACCUCCAGGCCGUCGCCUCACAGGACGCAUUCCCAAAACCUCUGAAGGAAGUAGCCAGCUUUAGGGCUCAUGAUUUUCUGAAAAUCAUGUUUUAAUUUCAAGUGUUUCUGUUUCAAGGAAGGACGGAUAUGUUUUACAAAAUGUGAUGACUUUAUUUAAAAUGGUUUUUAAUAUUAUGAGAAACUUUAUAGUCUCUAAAUUUUUGGCUUUGUGUAGUA